AUGAGUCGCCCUCGGGUUUUGAGCCAUGGCCUGUCCAGGCUUGGCCACGCCGCUCGGGGCCAUCGAAGCUACGUGACCGAGGCGGACGUGCAUUCGGCAAGAAGCUACUGCUUGAAGCAGAUACAGACGAGCGACUACGAUGCCCACCUGAUCCGACGUUUUGUGUCCCCCCCCGUCCAGGACAUGUACGCCGCCCUCCGCGCACUCAACCUGGAGCUCGUGCGACUGCCCGAAAUUGUAUCGAAUCCUACAAUUGGAACGAUGCGAAUGCGGUUCUGGCAAGAGUCAUUAGACAAAACAUUUGAGGGCCAGCCACCCCGGGAGCCCAUCUGCAUCUUAUUACACAGAAGCUUGAUGGAGCUGCAGGAACGCGCGGGCGGGUCGACCAAGAAGUCCAUCAAGUUCUGGCUGUCAAGGUUAGUCCGGACUCGAGAAAAACACAUGGACAACAGGCCAUUUGCGAGUCUCGCGAGCCUAGAGGAGUACGCAGAGAACACAUACUCGACGCUCAUGUACGCGACACUGGCUGCGAUCCCCAUUCGCUCCAUGAACGUCGACCACCUAGCCAGCCACGUGGGCAAAGCAUGCGGCAUCGCAGCCGUGCUACGUGGCAUACCUAUUCUUGCUGCUUCGGCCCAGCCGGUCAGGACACCGUCAGGAAUGGAGGCGCCCGUGACGCACAAGCCCGCGCUGCUGCUGCCGCUGGACGUCAUGGCCGAGGAAGGCGUCAAGGAGGAAGAGGUGUUUCGUCAGGGCCCCCAAGCCCCAGGACUCCAGAAUGCCGUGUUCAAGGUGGCGACGCGGGCAAAUGACCACCUCAUCACAGUGCGCGAAAUGCUCAAAAGGCUAAAAGCAGGCGAGGAUCCGGGCCACGAGUUUGAGCACCACGGCCAGGAUGAGCACCACACCUACGGGGAGCAGCAGGGCGAUAGCACAUCUAGGGAUCUCCAUCAAGGAUUUGGUGUGCUUCUUGAAGCGGCGCCCGUUUCCCAGUACCUGGAGAAUCUGGAGAAAGCCGACUUUGACCCUUUUGCUAUUGAUGCCGUCAGGAUGCUUUACGAACUUGUGGGAAUCGUCCGUCCGGGAAGCUUGAGCGAAGUCAAGGAAAUCGCCCAUACCAUCGGAUCCCUCGUCCUCAAAAAUGGCGGUGUCGUUCGCGGUAUCAGCAACUGGGGUGUCUUCUCUCUUCCCCGCCCCAUCUCGAUUCAUCAGAUGAAGCACACCCACGGCCACUACUUCGUCAUGCGCUAUGACUCGAGCACUCGCGUCCACCAGGAGGUCCGCAGCACUCUGCGCCUCGAGCCCCGUAUGAUCCGGGCCGGUCAUGUCAAACUCGGCGAUGGCAAACUCGAGACCCUAUCGAGGUUCGGCAUGCCCAAGUGGAGAACGAGCAGCAGCGAGGCUUAA